GCCUAUCUGAUUUCAAACAACAGUCUUGUUUGAAUCAUUUCCUACAUACAUUCCUUUGCGACGCCAAUCCGAGACACCUUAAAACCCCGCUCACAGUCUGGAGCUCUCGUCCAAUAGACUUGGAGCGAGAUCAGCUGAUUUUUUCACGCUGCCAUUUUGUCCGGCGGAGCAGCAGCCAGUCAGUCGGUGUUGUAAAGCGGUGCCGAAAGCCACGACUUGGGAAAGACUUCCACGCACACACAUACACACGCAUACACACACACCAACCCUAACCCGGAGAGCGCCAGGGGAUCCAACCGACCGAUCAUGUGUAAAAACGAUCCGAUCUUCAUGGCGGAAGACAAAAGUUGUUGAGACUCGGGAGCGCAGGAGGAAGAGGGAUCCGCGAACGAACCUGUCAUUCGGAUCACGGCGGCGGGCCACAGACUCGGGAUUUUCGGACUGUCAGACCCCAGAGGCUUGGCUGUCUGGGCUGCAUUCCCCACUAGCAUUGUGGUGGCUAUCCCAGCGAGCUAACAGAGGAAUAUACUCUUCACUUGUUUCAUUUCUGGUGGAAAAGCAACCCGGACACAAUUGCCCAACCCCUGAGGUAACAGGACCCGUUCAGUCUAAAGGAGUCCCUUCUUCGAGUCCACACCACUUUUCCCUCGUCGCUCGGGGGAGCUGAGAGCGAACACUCCCUGCGGUACCAGGGCCAAGGCUCAUGUGGACCAGUGGACGUGGAGGACCCGGGAUGUCCGGUUCAGAGCUGGGCUCAAUACUCUGAUUUAUAACGGACCCUCUUCGUAACUCGGUGAUUGAUCGGACUUGUAAAUCGCUUAUUUGAACCAACAACAGGACGUACAAGUCAGGCCAGCUAUGUGCAUUUGUGGCCAGAAAGUGAUUUUCAGUGUUUACAACUUCCACCGUGGGACUGUGUCCGCCGGGUUCGAGUCCUGCAACACUAACAUUAGCUAACGUUCAUACAAACCCCUUUUUAGACUAGACUCGUUUGUUAGUCCAUAGGUGAAGUUAGUGUGGAGGAAUAAAAGUGUCGGCCUACCGCUGAGCACCCAGUCGGGACAGGCUUGAGAUUUGAAUGUUGGGGUUUUAAUACCGAGCUUAUUCGACACAUUCUUUGCCUUUUGGAUUAUUGCGACCUGUGACCUGUCACACACGGCGAUCACACGGCACAUACUUCCCUGCGUUAACCUUAAAGUGGCCGAAACGACCUCAUCCGGAGGUGUAUCUGCCCACCGCUGGUACUUGUACUUGUGAGUGGAGUCACGUAACGAUCCCUGAGGGAGCAAUCAAUCGAUUUGAUCAUUAUUGGGCUAUUUUAGCUGAGUGGAGGAAAGGAGCUUAGAGAGGAGAAUGUCGGGCCAAUCCAUCACGGACCGGAUCGCCGCCGCUCAGCACAGCAUGACCGGCUCAGGGAUCAGCAAGGCGGUGUGCAAGGCGACCACGCAUGAAGUCAGUGGACCAAAGAAGAAACAUCUGGAUUACUUGAUCCACUGCACCAAUGAGAUGAACGUGAGCAUCCCCCAGCUGGCCGACACGCUGUUCGAGAGGACCGCCAACUCCAGCUGGGUGGUGGUCUUCAAGGCCCUCAUCACCACACACCACCUCAUGAUGUACGGCAAUGAGCGUUUAAUCCAGUACUUGGCGUCCAGAAACACCCUCUUCAAUCUCAACAACUUCCUGGAUAAAGGAGCCCUUCAAGGUUACGACAUGUCUACCUUCAUCCGGCGGUACAGCCGCUACCUGAACGAGAAGGCCAUGUCCUACCGGCUGGUGGCGGUAGACUUCACCAAGAUGAAGAGAGGGAUCGAUGGUGUGAUGCGCACCAUGAACAUCGAGAAGCUGAUCAAGACCCUGCCCAUCAUCCAGAACCAGCUGGACGCUCUGCUGGACUUUCAGGCUAGUCCCAACGAGCUGUCCAACGGUGUGAUCAACGCAGGCUUCAUGCUGCUCUUCAAAGACUCCAUCCGUCUGUUCGCCGCCUACAAUGAGGGAGUCAUCAACCUACUAGAAAAGUACUUUGACAUGAAGAAGAAUCAGUGUAAAGACGCGCUGGAUAUCUACAAGAAGUUCCUCUGUCGCAUGACCAAGCUGUCCGAGUUCCUCAAAGUGGCUGAGCAAGUUGGAAUAGAUCAGGGUGACAUCCCCGAUCUCUCACAGGCCCCCAGUAGUCUCCUGGAUGCUCUGGAGCAGCACCUGGCCUCCCUGGAGGGGAGGAAGACCAAGGAGCUCAGCGCAGAUAGGGCCUCCACGCUGUCCAGCGCCGUGUCGUCCCUGGCCACCACGGGGAUGAGCUUCAGCCGCAUGGACGAGAAGGAGAAGCAGCAGGCGCUGGAGGAGGAGCAGGCCCGGCUGCAGGCCCUGAAGGACCAGCGCCUGAAGGAGAUGAACACGCAGACUCCGCCCUCCUCCUCCCCCAGCAGCCAAUCAGUGAGCAGCGGCAACAACAACCACAACCACGUCACACACAGCUCAGAGUUCUUCACACCGACGCCAUCCAACAGUAUGCCCAGUCUGAACAGCGACCUGUUUGACCUGCAGCCAGCGUUCAUCCCUGCAGUGCACAGCAACCCCUCCUUAAACACCACCACCAGUGCCUGGGGAGGGAUGGAGAACCAGUCGGUACCGCCUCCCGCCGCCGUGGCCAUGGCGGUAGAUUUUGACGCUGUGUUUGGGAAUAAGGCGGCCCCCCCGAGUAACAAUGGCACUCAGCCUGCACCUGGGUUUGAUGCUCUGGGGGAGCUCCUGAAGCCCACCAUGCCCGCCCACGGCGGCCCCCCUCCCCCCGCCAUGGCCUUCCACCCCGGGGCCAAGCUGCUGGCCUCCGACCUGGACUCCUCCCUCGCCAACCUCGUGGGCAACCUGCAGUUUGGUGGGACACCCAUCAAGAAUUCGCUGCUGUUCAGGCCCGACAUGCAGUGGAGCCAGCAGGGGGAGAAGAAGCUGACCGGGGGCCACAACUGGCAGAACAAGACCAUGUCCACCACGCCCUGGACCUCCGCCCCCAUGGCGCCCCAGCCCAUGCCCGUGCCGGUGAGUCCAUCUCCCAUGGCGUUUCCCAUGGCAACACCACAAGUGCCUGUUUAUGGAAUGGUCCCGCCCCAGAUGGCCCAGAUGGGCGGAGUCUCAGUCAUGGCCCCUCAGCAAAUCAUGUACAACCAGCCGGUCCUCAGACCCACCAACCCCUUCGCCCCCAUGCCUGGAGCCCAGAUGCAGUUCAUGUAGACCAUGCAAAGCAACGUGCCAAAAAACAACAAACAGGAGAAAAGGAGCGAGAGAGAGAGGGCGAGCGAGAGACGGACUGAAUAGGGCAGAAUGAGGAGUGACACCGGAAAGGAGGAAUACAAACAAGGAGGAUGGAGGGAUGAAACGGGGGCUAAAGUUCAUGGAUAUAACAAGGUGUUGUCUGAAACAACGUGUGUGUGUGUGUGUGUGUGUGUGUGUUUGUGCAUGCCUGUGUGUGUGUGUGUCUUAUUUUCCUGUGUUAGAGUAGAGAUUUGUAAACGGUUAUUGAAUGAAUGUGGUGUCAUAGUAUAAGAGGGCACUUGAGCUUGAGAGAAAGACUUACAUAUAAUAUAUAUAUCAUGAGAGAGAGUGUGUGUAUUGCUGCCCUCUGCUGGUGAUACCAGGUAGUGCAGAUGGAGUUGAUUAACCUAAUUUCAAAAUGGUGCUAUUUUGUCCUCUCUUGGAUCCCAUAGGCCUGAAAUGGCAGGAGGAAUGACGAGGACAAGAGUGUGUUUGUAAGGUGUGUGUGUGUUUGUGUGUGUGUGUGUGUGUGUGUGUGUGUGUGUGUGUGUGUGUGUGCGUGCGUGUGUGUACACCAGUUGUUUCAGAAAAACUGAGAUAUCUUUGUGACGUUUAGCCCUGUCUUCAUCCCUCUUCCAUCCCUUCAUCUCAUUGGCUGUCGGUGUGGCACCACUGGCCAAUCACAGCCCGGCCCUAGAGACAGUUAGUGUGGUUAGUUUCUCCUGCGUGUUCAGGUCCGAUGAUGCUAAUUAUCUUCGUGUUUUUUGACUAGGCUCGCUCUGAGAUGUCAUGUAAAAAAAUUAUCUUGCUUCGAUCUAUUGGGAAAUGUAUCAGAAAUUGUUACUUUUUAUUUCUUUCUUUGACUCAUUGUAACUCAUGUCAUUUUUUUGUAAAGUUAUACAUACAUACAGUACAUAUACAUAUAUCAAUAUGUCUAUAUCUAUAUAUAGAUGUGUUGAUGUAUACUUCAACAUAAGGACCUGGACUAACCAUGAUAUAGUAUUCUGACAGGGUCCUUGCCAGAGUCCGUUCAUUACUUUUAUUUUGAAAGUGAUUUUGGUGCUUCGAUAUCCUGCUGGGAUUCUACCUAUGCCAACUUCUCGUGUGCGUCUGCCAACAUGCAACCGGCUAAUGUCUGGAAACACCUGAUAACCUGCUGUGACUCACAGCCACUACCUAACCACACAGAGCUAGAUGCAAGAUUGUAUGUCUAAACAUUGAUUGAUUCAUCAAAGCAAGUCCUUAUGGAACGAGACAUGGCGCCUUUUCAAAGCAAGAGCGUAGUGUCCUCAAGGAACGAAAUGUUGAGCCUUUUCAAAGCAAGAGCGUAGUGUCCACAAGGAACGGGGCAUUGAGGCUUUUCAAAGCAAGUUCCCAGAAGGCGCUAUUGACUUCUCCUUGUUCGCACCUGAAUCAACUUAUCGGCGAAACCACGUGCAUUCGACCUAAGCGCGGAUCUAAACAGCCGCAGAGGAAUAGAGUAAUAUGAAUGUUAAUGACUCAUAUCGGAUGUGUUUGCAUUAUAUUGCACUGAAUUGUAUGCAAGUAUUUGUUUGUUUGCUUUUCGGUUUUUUAAUUACGUGAUUUAGCAGCGGACCAAAAAAGAAAACUGUCACUGUCCGUGUGUUGGUCGAGCAAGAUCUAAAAUGGAUCCUCCUUCAAGUCUGUUGCUCACCAACGCUCUGAUGUCAAAGUGUUAAAAAACGUGUGUUAGUGUAAACGCAGAUAUCCACCGUGGUCGUUCCUAAACCAAAUGCAACCGAUGUCAGGCUGCCACCUGUAAAUGUAUGUGUCAAUCUUACAGCCGGUGUACGUUUUGAUGUGCGUAUGCAGUAACACAUUGGGAUCUGUCGGGUCGGCCCAUUGGUCGGGUGGUAUCUGUCGGUCAGACCGGUUGGUCGGUGACCUUAAAUGUGAGCCGGUGAGUUUGGAUGCAGUGAUUAGUUGGGAGAUUUCUGUUGUGGUUGUCGCAAAAUAACAUGCUGAACUUUUGCACUGAGCUAUUCGGCAAAGAACCCCUGACUACAGCAUAGAUGGACGAUUUUUACCUUUUCUAUAUUUUGGGAGGGCGAGGGGGCUGUCAUCGUAAAGGUAUUUAGAACGUUUAGGUAUGAUUUCAGGUUUUCCCUUGGAGAUAAUUUCGUUGUCGUUGGUUGAAAUAAGAUGGAUUGCUGGUCUAAUUAGAAUGAAGGGAAGUGGAUUUAACUAUUAUCAACUUUUGGUUUUGGUUGGUUUGAAUCCCCAGUUCCUGGCCUGUAUGCAGUGUAGUCCUACCUUUAGUGAACAUCUGCUUAUUGGUGGAUAAUUUUCACGUGGUUAAACAUGACAAUUGUAGCCAGUGCGUUCAGAGAAGAGGGUCUGAUCAUGUGAUGGAAGGGGGGGGGACUUCAUAGGAACUCUUAUUUUAUACAAUGCGACUAAAAUCUCCCCUGACUAGCUGUAGACAUCGCUACAGCUAGUCAGAAGACUUUGGGAAGUUGGUUGGGAGCUUACAGGUCAAACCAACCAUAUGAUCCUAUGUAUUGAGAACCUUUAACAUGGCUUUGCCAAAAUCUCAGCCCACAUUCAGAAAGAAAACAUGACCUCCAUCAUCCCUGAAACAGGAAGGAACAGGAAGAGCGACAAGUCGACCCAUCAGGAAAGGGAAGAAACCUUGAGGAACACGCAAGAGUGAUCUACCCUUUUUAUCCCCUGGUCAUCUCGUAGUGCCAUUGCAGAAUAUUAGUGACGUUACAGCUCCUGUGUACAUUUCUAACCGGAGCGGCGCUUCUGUCUCUUGUUGCUAGUUGUCUUUCUAGAAUAUGUUAAGCCGGCUUUUAUCCUCUCCGACUUGAGGACAAAAAGCUUUGUAAAAAAUAACGUUAAUAGUUCGCAAUUCUUCUGGUCUUCUUUCAUCGUUGUCGAGUAUUUUGUGCUCUUAGACGCUUGCUGUGGUCGUCCCGUGUUUUCCUCUCUAGAACUUGGUAGUUUUUUCCCCCCACAAAGCCCUCGUGAUACAUGUAGCUGAUUCAUGUGCGUCUAGCUUGUGUGGUCCUCGCUAUUUUACAAUAAUGCUAGCUGUGUAGUCUCGCAAUGUCACAAGAAAAACGUGCUUCUUAACAACUUUAGCGCUGUAUCUCCCCAACUCUCGCUUUCCUUUUCUGGUGUGAGUGUUGAUAGCUAGCUUUUCUAACUCUUUCUACCUUACCCGUUUAGCGCGCCCCCCCCCACAGGGCUUCUUGGAAGGGAAGUCAACUCUGCCGAUGUCAAGCUCAACGAUUUCAGAAUGUCGAUCAAAUUAGAACAAAGAAGGGAACACCGCCUCUAACGUGUAGGUCCUUUUUGUUAAAAUGAACCCAGUCAUGUCAAUAUUUUUCUUUCGUUUUCUAUCUUUUCCAAAUGGAUUUGGAAAAUGUUGGUAAGAUUAAAAAUAAAAGUUUGGAGCUUUGCGGCUGCCUUGUUUUCAUUAAAUCAAUGAUACCACUGCCGUUUUUAUCGAUUACCAGUCAUUGCAGUAAUCUAAGAUCUAUAGAUAGUUCCAGGAACCAGGUUGGAAGUAUGGAGGAACAGGAAGUUUCUUAGGGCUGGAGUUGAUGAGAUUCAUGAUUGUUUUUAGAUUAAAAAUUUCAGUUAUCCCUUAACUAAACCCACUUGGGAACUUAAAAUAAGUUCCCCAAUUGUCCCUGAAAUACGCACCUACGGGGCUCAAAGUUCUUCCAUCAGAUGGAACUAAUUCAAUCUCCAUGUAGACUUUUUGAUAUGUAUAACCACAUGAAGGUUCCUGGUCAUUGUAGCGACGGGUCACGCUAUAAAUGAGCCUUAAAUGACUUAUCUUAAUGUCUGGAUAUUGGAGGUAACUUAGCUAGCUGCUAACGUUUGGUUUUUUGGAUGUCCCUGAAACGACCGGAGGGGGAUGGUCAAAGGGAUUGCUCACGGCUGCUGAAAGUGAGAUAUGGAUCUAAACGUGUCGAGGCAGCUCUGCGACUAAGCUAGCUGGCUGUCCUCCCAUCAGGAUUGUACAGUAACUGUACAGAAACAACACUUCUCAUCUGGCAUGUCGGCGUCGCUUCAUUUCUUUGAUAAGUGGUUUGGGUCCUUUGUUCUCUACCUCUCCAAUUUUUUACAUUUGGUCUGUGGUUUCUCUUUGCGUUUUUAUACUCUGCAUGACGGCCUGCUCUACUGCAAGAUCAGCAGUUCUGCGUCUGCUUGCAGACCACAGGUGGCUCUUAGGAGUGGAGGCCCGACUGUCCUUGAAUCACGAUCGAUAGCAUGAUGUACCGCUAACAAAGGGAGUCAGCUGAGCUCAGAUUGAAACACAACAGGACUACAGACCACUGUAGUCCAUCCCUGUAGCUAAUAGCCGAGACUGCAGGCUAUAAAACGUUAUCAGUGUGGUUGAUUUACCCAACUACAGUGUUUGACUCCGAAGCCCUUUAUUCAAGUCAUUUAUCCUGAAUUCGAACUAGCAACCUUUUUUACUUUAUUUUACCAACUUAAUAACAAUUAGGAUACUGCCUGCCACCCACCCACUUCCUCAAAUAUGAAAAUGUAUUUAUGGGGGGGGGGGGGGGGGGUGAACCCCCUCCCAACAACAGGAGAUGUGAUCAAUUGUUUCUGCUUUGCCCAGGGCCGACGGACUGCGGGUGUAAAGCCCAGUUCAGACCAAAGAUUAACCUUGCAACGGCUUGCAACUCCUUGCGACGAGACGGGCUGCGACGUUCUAAAACUGGGCCGUUCACACUGGCUGCAACGGGCUGCGACGCUAGGUGGUUUCCCUAGCAACUGUGAACGCUCUGGCACAGCUGAGAGCCGCAACAGCAUCAUUUGCGCAGGUUAGGUUAGAUAAGUUAGGUUUGCGAUUAGUUAGGUUUGCAGGUUAGUUUUAGUUGUUAGGUUAGUUUUAUUUUUAUUUUGCUUGAGAGUAGGCUAGAGUUACUGUGUUUUGUCAUUCUCCGGAUAUCGGAUAUUUCAAUCGGAUAUUUUUAUAGACAGUACGUUACCGGGACGGAGUAAGGCCGUGACGUACAAGUUGUUCUGUGCUGUGAUUGGCUGAAGAGAAAUGGUUAAAUCGCCGCGUUCUAAAACUGGACCCUGCGAUUUGACAUGUUCAAUCUCUGGCGACUCCUUGCAACUCCUUGCGACUCCUUGCAACAACCCGUUCACACCGCCCCUGCGAUGUUCUAAAACCGUCUCUUUGCAAGGUGAAUCUUUGGUCUGACCUGGGCUUAAGGUGGACAGGCUUGGGGGGGCCCAUGGGAAUGAAAAAAAUAUAUAUAUUUAUUUCAAAUUUUCUACCACCCCCUAGUGGCCAGGCCACGUCCCCCCCCUCUCCCCCCCGUCAACAAUCCUCUCCCCAUCCCCCCCCUCAACAAUUCUGCGCAGGGGGCUGGCAGGGGGAAUUCGGGGGGGGGGGGCAUCAGUACCUCUUAUAUGCAGGGCCCAGAAUUUGGUGCUACGGCCCUGGCUUUGCCCAUUGGCAUUUCUGCAACCCGGCCACCCCUCAGUGGACUUACGUCCAGACAGAUAGGCGCACCGCCGUUCCUACCUCGCUAGUGACGUCAUGCUCAGGAGGAGAAUGUACGAGAGCAGAACCUUCAAGGAGAACUUGCAGCUUGAGGAACUGCUGUUACGACCGGCCUGGUUCCUCUGUGAGGGGCUAGCGUGUGCAUGCUAACGCUAGCCCUUCGUUGUUGUCGUCUUCUUGUUCUGGACACGCAUGAUUUGAAUGUGAUGAUGAAGAAUUAAUUCCCACCUCCUGUUCUCCUCCAUUUGUCUGGUCCCGACUGUAACUGUCAUUUUAUUUUUGGUUGCCGGUUAAUGAGAACCACAAAAAUUCUUGUUUGGAAAAAGCAAGGUGUUUUUUUAUUUUCAUUUUAGUUUAAUUAUCUUUUUCCUCAAGAAGGCAUCAUUAUUGUGAGCCAAAAAGCAAUGGCACUGUUUGCCUCACAUAAUCACGUUGCCUGGCGCCCUCUGCUGGUAUUGUUAUAUAAUACAGCCGGUAUGUCUGAAGUUCAGUGAUACCAGGGAGAGUGAAUAGCGAGGUUUCAACUUCGUCCUUCUUUGUGGUGAGAGGUUGACCUUGUAGUUAUUUCUACAUGCAGUGAUGGAGGCCUCAGUUUCCUGUCUCCACAUUCUGUAGAACAGACACACACACACACGCACACACACACGCACACACACACACACACACACACACACACACACACACACACACACACACACACACACACACACACACACACACACACCUCUUCUGUAGUGCUGCAUAUAACAAAAAAAAUGACAUUUUCUCUCAUUUCGCUGAGCUUUGAAGGCAUUACUCCCCAAAGUACACCCCUCAACUGACCUGUGACCCCAUCUUACAUGAAAUGUCAGUGAUGCCAAAUGACGCCAAACUUAAUUUCCUGUCUCCUCCUCCCUCUGUCUUCCCCUCCCUGUCUCAUCCUCCCUCUCACAUUUGUUUCUAUUUAUACAAAAAACAGGAACUUAGUAUAUAAUGGAUUGUACUAGCGAGCAUGGACAGUGAAGCAACACGCUAGUUAAGUGACGAUAGUUUUUAAUAAAUCUUGGGCUUUAAUUUCUCAGCAGUAUGUUUGUUAUUUGUGUUUUGUUUUUCUGGAAGAAAUAAAGGCCUUUUCCAUUA